UCCUCGCCCCGUGCUCCCCGCCGCGGGCUCUCUCCCGGUCUCUGCGCCCCGCGCCCGGCUGCCACCAUGACGGUGAUGUCCGGGGAGAACGCGGACGAGGCGUCGGCCACCCCGGGCCACCCGCAGGAGGGCAGCUACCCCCGGCCGGCUGAGCACGAGGACCACGAGUGCUGCGAACGCGUGGUGAUCAACAUCUCCGGGCUGCGCUUCGAGACGCAGCUCAAGACCCUGGCGCAGUUCCCCAACACGCUGCUGGGCAACCCCAAGAAACGCAUGCGCUACUUCGACCCCCUGCGGAACGAGUACUUCUUCGACCGCAACCGGCCCAGCUUCGACGCCAUCCUCUACUACUACCAGUCGGGGGGCCGGCUGCGCAGGCCGGUCAACGUGCCCCUGGACAUGUUCUCCGAGGAGAUCAAAUUCUACGAGCUGGGCGAGGAGGCCAUGGAGAAGUUCCGGGAGGACGAGGGCUUCAUCAAGGAGGAGGAGCGCCCCCUGCCGGAGAAGGAGUACCAGCGCCAGGUGUGGCUGCUCUUCGAGUACCCCGAGAGCUCGGGGGCCGCGCGGGUCAUCGCCAUCGUCUCGGUCAUGGUCAUCCUCAUCUCCAUCGUCAUCUUCUGCCUGGAGACCCUGCCCGAGCUGAAGGACGACAAGGACUUCACGGGCACCGUCCACCGCAUCGACAACACCACGGUGGUCUACACGUCCAACAUCUUCACGGACCCCUUCUUCAUCGUGGAGACGCUGUGCAUCAUCUGGUUCUCCUUCGAGCUGGUGGUGCGCUUCUUCGCCUGCCCCAGCAAGGCGGACUUCUUCAAAAACAUCAUGAACUUCAUCGACAUCGUGGCCAUCAUCCCCUACUUCAUCACCCUGGGCACCGAGAUAGCUGAGCAGGAGGGCAACCAGAAGGGCGAGCAGGCCACCUCGCUGGCCAUCCUCAGGGUCAUCCGCCUGGUAAGGGUUUUUAGAAUCUUCAAACUCUCCCGCCACUCUAAGGGCCUCCAGAUCCUGGGCCAGACCCUCAAGGCCAGUAUGAGGGAGCUAGGGCUGCUCAUCUUUUUCCUCUUCAUUGGGGUCAUACUGUUUUCUAGCGCAGUGUACUUUGCCGAGGCGGAAGAAGCUGAGUCGCACUUCUCCAGCAUCCCCGAUGCUUUCUGGUGGGCGGUGGUGUCCAUGACCACCGUGGGAUAUGGUGACAUGUACCCUGUGACAAUUGGAGGCAAGAUCGUGGGCUCCUUGUGUGCCAUCGCUGGUGUGCUGACAAUUGCCCUGCCCGUACCUGUCAUUGUGUCCAAUUUCAACUAUUUCUACCACCGAGAAACUGAGGGGGAAGAGCAGGCUCAGCUGCUCCACGUUAGCUCCCCUAAUUUAGCCUCUGACAGUGACCUCAGUCGGCGCAGUUCCUCCACCCUCAGCAAAUCCGAGUACAUGGAGAUCGAAGAGGAUAUGAAUAAUAGCAUAGCCCAUUAUAGACAGGCCAAUAUCAGAACUGGCAAUUGCACCACAGCUAACCAAAACUGCGUUAAUAAGAGCAAGCUCCUGACCGAUGUUUAAAAAGCCAAGCGAACAAAAAAAAAAGCCCCACUUAGCAGCUUGAAAGACUUAAA